AUGAGUCAACCAUUCUCCUUACAAUUUGUCGGCAGUGGCGGCGGCCACGAUGACAUCCAGGUGCGCAUUGGCGAAGAAAAGCAUGUGGUUGACUCGUAUUACUUUAUGCUAGACUCAAGCCCGAACGCACCAAAGACUGAGGACAAAGGGGUCAAGAUGCUACUGAAACAGUGGCUAGAUCUACUUCAACCGCUGGAGAAAGGAAGAGAAGGAUACCAGGUUUAUCUUCCCUACGGAUUCUUCGACCAAUGCACCGCAUGGAUGCAGGUUACGCUUGGUGAGGCGCCAGAGCGAGGAGACCGUGCUGUUGAGGUUCAAGGAGGAUGGGGUACUCCUGAAGGGUGGUCUUUCAUGCCGUCUCAUAUUGCCACGACGUCAAAUAAUAUGAAUGAGGGCAAAUUUGAAGCGAUCCCGGACCUGAAAGUUACUACGACCCUCGCUUCUCUGCGCAGUUCGAUUGAUUCGACCCAGCGUAAAUUCUGA